AUGCCUUCUCGUACAUCAUCCGGUCAGUCUUUGAUUUCCCAUCUCUCGCUCACAGAAGCUAUCUACAUACCAGGUUCAGGUCAUGGCUCUGACGACCCUGCGGAGGGUGAGGAGGGCUGCGACUUCUACGCACACAACCGUCCGCCGACACCCUGCACGCCCGAGCUGUUCCCUACGCCGCCGCGUGAAAGGAUGGAGCGUCUGGCCCGCGAGCAGCAGGCCGCUGCCGACGCCGCCAGCGCUGAGGAACUCCGCCGACGCCUUCGCAUCGAGAAGCAGAAACGCGGCGAUACUGAUGACGACGACAACGCCCAUCUUCACACGGCCAGCGCGCGCAACGUGACCCAGCAGAAGCAGCAGAAGCAGAGCGAAGGAGAAUCCUCGCAAGACUCCUCAUACGACAUCGUCCCCGACGACGAGGUCGAAGCCGCGCGCCGCGAGGAACAAGAGGCGCAGGACGCCGCGUACGACGACGCGUACCGCAGGCGCGUGACGGACCAGUCCAUCAGAGGCUUCGGCGUGCACGCGGUGCAGGAGGGAAUCAAGGGCCUGAAGACGUGUGCGGAGCCGCUGGCCAAGCGCAUUGAGGGAAGCAGGUGGCUGAAGAAGCCGGUGGGCACUCCCGAGGAGCUCAAGUGUCCGUGCUGGGGCUAUCCUGGUGUUGGAUGGAGGUUCUGCCUGAUUCAUCAAGGUGAAUAUGAGGCUGAGUUCGCUGCUGCUGCUGCUGCUUCCGCUGCCGCUGCUGCUGCCGAGAGGUGUGGUGGUGGUGAGGGUGAUGAGGGCGUUGUUUGGGAUGAGGAUGAAGUUGAUGAUGACGAGGAUGAAGUUGAUGACGACGAGGAUGAAGUUGAUGACGACGAGGAUGGAGGCGUCCUUGUCUGA